GCGUCUGGGCUGCGCUGUAGAUGCGACAACUGUACCGGCUCGGGAGGGGCGAUGGAGGCGCUGACAGCGUAAUGAAUGGGCACACACAAUUCAGGACAGCAUAACAACAACAUCUUUAAUUCAAGGUGUCGAGGGCCAUGAGCAGAAUACUGAAGAGGAAGUUCGAGGACGUGGAGGCGUGCCCCUCUCCCUGCUCCUCUCUGCGGGAGGACGUGGAGGCGUGCCCCUCUCCCUGCUCCUCUCUGCGGGAAGAUGUGGAGGCGUGCCCCUCUCCCUGCUCCUCGCUGCGGGAAGAUGUGGAGGCGUGUCCCUCUCCCUGCUCCUCGCUGCGGGAGUCAGGCCACGAGGAGUCCUGCAGUGAGAGCGGCGACAGCAGAGACAGUGUCAACCCCUCAGCCUCGCGUCCCUUCCCCCCUCACUCCAUCCUGAAGAGGGAGAAGCGCCCGAGGACCAGACGCGUGCGCUUCCACAACGUGACGGUGUACUACUUCAGCCGGAGGCAGGGCUUCACCAGCGUGCCCAGCCAGGGAGGCAGCACCCUGGGCAUGGCCAGCAGGCACAGCUGGGUGAGGCAGUACUCCCUGGGGGAGUUUGCCCUGGAGCAGGAGCGCGUCCACAGAGACAUGCUGAGGGAGCACCUGAAGGAAGAGAAGCUCACCUCCAUCAGGCUGAAGCUGACCAAGAACGACACCAUGGAGUCUGAGGAGGCCAGCGCCCUCACCGUGGACGACAUCUCGGACGACGACAUCGACGUGGACAACACAGAGGUGGACGAGUACUUCUUCCUGCAGCCGCUGACCACCAAGAAGCGCCGCUCGCUGCUGCGCUCGUCGGGCGUGAAGAAGCUGGACGUGGAGGAGAAGCACGAGCUGCGGGCCAUCCGCGUGUCCAGGGAGGACUGCGGCUGCGACUGCAGGGUGUUCUGUGACCCCGAGACCUGCGCCUGCAGUAUGGCUGGGAUCAAGUGUCAGGUGGACCGCAUGUCGUUUCCGUGUGGCUGUACGAAGGAGGGGUGCAGCAACGGGGCGGGCAGGGUGGAGUUCAACCCCAUCCGCGUGCGAACCCACUUCCUGCACACCAUCAUGAAGCUGGAGCUGGAGAAGAGCCGGGAACAGCAGCAGGUCGCCCCCGCCAACGGUUACCAUGGCGAAGCCAACGGAAACGGCCUCGGCAACGGAAACGCCCUGGUCCAAUCCCAGCACGGCCUGGAGUACUCGCUGUCGGACCCUGUCCAGCAGACGGCCGUCAUGCACCUGCAGAACCCCGACGAGAUGGACCAGCCCCUGGAGGAUGACGAGGAUGAAGACGAGGAUGAAGACGAAGAUGAAGACAAUGAGGAGGACAGCAGCAGUGUCUGUAGCGGACUGUCCGACUCCAGUACUCAGAGCUUAGCCAACAGUGACUCGGAGGACGAGGAAGAGGAUGAAGAGGAUGAAGAUAAGGCUGAGGACUUUGAGAUUGGCGUGACCGUCCCGUCUGUGUCCCUCGCUGACUCCGCCCCCCUGUCCUCUGUCCUGUGCUACACCGAGGGCUCCGUCGCUCACGACCACCACGUCAACGGAACCUCCUACCUGCUGGGGUCCCCAGCAGAGUACUACCAGCUGAAGAGUCCCAGUGCCGUCUCUGCCAACAUGGCGUCUAGCCGGCCCAGCCAGCGCUACGGAGACGCCGCAUCAUUCCAAGACACCGUCAGCUCCACCAAUGGGAACAUGCCUCAAGUCAGCGCCACCAAUGGGAAAAUGCCUCAAGUCAGCGCCACCAAUGGGAACAUGCCUCAAGGACCGUUCAGUAUGGCUCCAGACCAGUACACAGACUACCCCAGCCAGGGGGACCAACAGUACACAGCAAGCCACCAUUUCUCUCUCACCAGCGGCGCAUCAGUAACCCUGGUAACCCCGGUAACCCUGGUAACCCCAGAAGUCUGCUGCUCACUGGAGAGCGGUGUUCUGUCCAAAGCCCCCCACCUCCAGGAGCCCCUGCUGCCCUCGAGCCAGACGGACUUCCUGAACAACAACUACUACUCCCACGGUUCCCACGGCAGCAGCGGGACGUGUUUACCCUCCGAGCAGCCACAGGAAGGGUCCGGUGUUAAUGGCGUGUUGUCUGAAGAGAGCUCUCCAGCAGACAGCCAGGACCUUGUGCUGCCAGAGCAAUGCCCUGAUGUAGCAGCCGUUUAACAUGCCUUGUCUAGCCAGGUGUCUUUACAUUCAUGGUUGUUUUUCCUUCAGGAAGACACUGAGCAACUGGAACUGGGCAGGAAGUUAUUCAUGGCCUUUUAUUUGACCCUAAAAUGUUGAAGCAAUUCAAGACUGUGAAAAAGGGAUGUUUUGAUUUUGAAAUGAUUUAGCUGCAGGUUUAUGAGGGGAAGCCUGUUAUUGGUCUCCCUGGUGAUCUGAACUGGACGAUGAAAGCAGUCGACUAGACUAAACAUUAAUGCUCUUAGCCUGUGCCAUGUAUCUUGUAACUUCAGAAGUUCUAGUUUUAAGCCAAUAUUGUCAAUGAAACUUUUCUAUGUCUUAUGUGUCAAACGUGCAGAAAAAAGGUUUUCUUGUCACAGUUUAUUUAUUGGUUCUGGAGUAUAUGUAUACUGUACUUAUAUUAAUGUUUUGAUAAUGAUAAGCAUGCUACUUUCGAAAUAUCAGCAGCGUUUAUGAGAAACUGGCUCUGGGUUUAUAAAGACAUCCAUGUAUGGUACUGUACUUUACAAAUGUUCUUUUUGUUUUGUCACUUGUAAUCCAUGCUUUUCUUAGUUUAGUUUGUAAAAGCAUGAAAAAUACUCAGUGGCUUGUAACUGAAUUCAUGGCAUUACAUUGUCAAGAGCAUAUCUUUAUUGGAGGCAUUUGAAAAAGUCCGAUCUUUGCACUUUCAGACAGGGGUCCAGUGCCAUGCAAUCCUGUUAAUGACACAUACUUGAACAUUGAUAUGAUGUUGCUCAAAACUAAAAAGAUGUCCUCUCUUGGUUCACAUACUCGUAGUUUUGAUAUUUAUCUCUAGAAUAUCAUUCAUGGGUGCUGAAAAUGACAAGGAUGCCACUAUAAAUAAUGUAUUUAUUAAUCAUCAUUUAAUAAUUUGACGGUGUAUACAGGGAUUCACUGAUGUAGCACUUUGACAUAAUAUCAAGUAUCCAACCAUAACAUUGACAGGCUAAUGUUCAUGUGAAGGAGCGUUAGCUUCGUUUGAUUAAGAAUCAUUGUUAGCGAGCCUAAAUUGACGUAAUGUUACAUGACCGAUAAAUAUAAAGUCAUAUUUACGAGUCAUAGUGGAACACAAGUGGGCAUGCCCGUGUCACUGCACAUUCCUGUUUCAUAUGACAAUUUAACAACUAUUCAUUAAUGAAGACCCUGAUGAAUCUUACACAAGUAAUUAAGUGCAAUAUAGUCUCAGAGAUGGCGUCCUUCACAGGUACUCCUUAAGUUAUAUGUUGGAGCGUCGCUCGAAUGGUCAGUGGUAGAACCAUCCAUAUCACACACAAGUAGAUAGUAAUGAGAAGCUGUUCACAGAUGAAUUAGUCUUCAAGGUUGGACAAUCAGGUUGAUGUCGAUCCCUAGACGCAUAUCAGUAAUCAAUAUGACCAGGACACAGCCAAACCCAGACUUUUUCGCUUUCAUCACCUCAUCAGACCAUGCAGAGAACACUACUAGAUGGAAGCAAUACAUUCUUCAGAUUUCGUCUUUAAGGACUAACAGAACGCCAGUCACUCAAACUGAUAAACUAGAGAGGGAUAGAAACCUUGCUCUCCAAGUCAUGCUCCAGAUGUCCCUCCAAGUGGAAGACCCUGUCACCAGUCCUCCGCCUGCCAGGCUUGGGGACACCACGGUCCCUGCCAGGCUUGGGGACACCACGGUCCCUGUCAGGCUUGGGGACACCAUGGUCCACAGGGGCGUGUCAUGGCUUCAGCGCUCGACUCGAGACAGGCAAGGUUAUCUGACCGUCCUGACAUAGCAAAGUGUGACGUACAGCUGUCAGGCAAUCAAUGCUUGGAACGUGGUGUAGACGGACCGAGUCCCAAAGCAUUUGAGAAGGACCAAAACCGUGACGUUGCAUCCAGUUGAAGUAAUUCUGCUGUGUUUAUGAUUUUGGGUAUUUAUAAUGAAUGAUAUAUUGACAUGAAUUGUGUAUUUAUUGUGGUUUACUGAAACAGUUCUGUGUUGAGUAAAAACACUUCGGUCUUGAUUGUCCUAUGUUUCUAUUAUGGUUGUGAACUGUACAGCUACAUGUGCCUGAUUUUGUUAAUUGAGUUAGUUCUUAUGAUCUUGACUAUGUGAAACAGCUUUUUGCACAAAAUGGUAUGUUUCAAUAUGUGUUUUGAGUUCAGACUGU